AUGCAAUAUGAAUGGAUUUCGUCUGAUUGUCUUAAAUAUUAUGACCUGGCAUCAUCGCGCCCAGUUCUCAUAAACACAACUACAAAAAUUCGUUUAGCUCUGUCGCUUAUACAACCGAUUUUCUUAGCAAUUAAUCGUUGA